CCUGCUUGAGCGACUGGCCGAUGUCUCGGAUGCAUUGACUCUACUGCAGUUGCUAUUCGUUGUCCUCUCUGCCAUUCCAUUCCACGAAAGAUCUCAUCGAAAAGUGAGUUUCUUCAGUGUAUCUCAACAUCAUUUGGCUAAGAGGUGUUCCGCUGUGCCAGACGAUGCGUGUUGUCUACUUGUUGGUUUUAGCAGGAUUUCUGGCCAUUACUGGCCUUGCUUUUCUCAUCGCUGGAAUCGUACUCCUAAGCAAAGGUGAUGCAUCAUGCUCCGAGGGCUCCAGCAAUACAUCGAAUAGAAAAUCUCUUAACUUAACAGAGGAAUGUUCCUACUCGGAGGAGGCCAUCACCAAGGGGUUGGACAAGUUCCUCCAGAAAGUACAAGACAGCUAUUACAAGCUUCAUCCAAAUAAAAUCUCUUCAAAGCCGAAAGUGUCUUCAGCAGAAAUACAAGCAAAAUAUCGCUCUUAUGACCCGUCCCCACAAAAUAUCAAGAUUAUUACAGAUAAAGCACUGGCCCUUUUGGAUGAAAUAAAUGCAAUAACUUUUGAAUCGCAUAAAUUGAAACCACGCGAAAGGAAGGCUUUGGCUCAGGUAAAGCACUAUUUGCAACACAUUUUUGGAACGCCGUACGAUGUCAAUUAUUACGCGGGUGAUUUUCUCCUUGGUCCAAAUCUGUGGUGUUGGCAGCCCCUGUGUGAUACUAGAUCUGAAAUGAAAAACAGUCUUUAUCACUUCAAACCAAACAGCACCGAAGACUUGGAAAAUUUACUGAAAAAAUUCGGAGAAAUCAAAGAAACAUUUGUUCAAUACAGGAAGAACAUGGAGUAUGGCGUUUUGGUCGGAAUGGUACGUUCAGUUGAACAAUGCAAAGCUGGUAUCAACGGAUUAACAUCGUAUUUCCGAGAAAUAUCAAUUAAAGGGGCAAAGGGUGUCUUAGAAGAAGAUUUUGUCAAACGUCUGUUGCAAUAUGAGUUUCUUGAGGUCCUCACGAAUAAUUCAGAAGCAAUAAGCACGUGGGAAAAGAAGAACGGAAAGAGUGUGAACCAAUCCCUUAGAGACUCUCUUGUGGAAAACAUUGGUAAACCUAUUGAAGAUUUCUUCACGUAAGUGUAUUCAUGUGUCUCCAGUAACGUGUCCAGCGGUUUGGCCACGCUUCCUCUCUCCUACGUGUAUGUCAACAAUACCGCUGACAAGUCAAGACCAGCAAACGGGUCUCUUCCAACAGGAGAACGGCUCAGCGGUAAUGAUUCUUAUAAGCUACUCGUUUCAUAUUUUACAACAAACACCAUGUCCCCAAAGGAAAUUAAUGAUCUUGGACUUACAGUUAUUUCAUUUAUUUACUCGUAGGUCCUAGAAGUAGCACGGCUGGUAACACAACAAACUGAUAACGAUACAGCUAAAGAAGAGUUUAGAAAGAAGCUGAAAUCGAGAGUUUCUGAGUUGAACUAUCUAGAAGGGGAGUUUCCGAAGAAUGAGUCUGAUGAAAAUGCUCAUGUGUUGUGUGGUAACGUCGAAGGUGCGAAGAAAUAUUGUCCCACAAGAUGGCGAGCGCUUCAAAACUGGUUUGAUGAGGCCCACAUGGCAUUGGGACUGCUGGAUCCAAAGACGAUUAAUAUGUUUCAUUUCAAUGGUGCAAAACACACAACGCCAAAUUGUCCAAUACAGCUGUCUCCCGACUUCAAUCCUUCUGGAGGAGCAAAUUAUAAUAGGGCUGGUAAAGAUUGUAAAAAGAACGCGCGGUACAAUAUACCUUUCUUCACAUCUGAGCCUGGCAACAGGUACGAAGAAUGGAGUAUAAACGCACACGAAGGAAGGCCUGGACAUCACACGCAAGUGCAAGGUUUAGAGGAACACUUUCGGGAUAGUUGUGGAGGAGUAAUCAAAUGGCUUGAUCAAGAAACUUACUACACUGCCUUUACCGAGGGCUGGGGUCUGUACGCUGAGAACCCAUUGAUUGGCGAGGACACCGAUGUCUAUAAGGAUGAGCCUUUGCAGAAAUAUGGAAUGCUGAAAUGGCAGGUGUGGCGCGCCUUACGGUUAAUUGUCGACUCGGGUCUGCACUACCAAGGAUUUUCCCGCCAAAAAGCCCUAGAUUUUUUCGCAGACUUCGCUUGGGAUGAAAGUGGUGAGGCCUUAAGGGAGGUGACUCGUUACCAAAGCGCACCAGGCCAGGCUACUGCCUAUAUGAUUGGCCAACAGCAUAUCAAGAAACUCAGAGAGUACGCGAAGGAAAUGUUGGGAGAUAAAUUCAAACUUCGUGACUUUCACUACCAUCUGCUAUCCCAGGGUUCCGCGCCAUUAAGUUACUUGGAGCAAAGUAUCGAGACUUAUGUAAAAUGCGUGAAGAACGAAAAUGCUUCCGGAUGUUAUGAAAUUUUAAAUCCUGCAAAUACGUAA